AUGAACCAUCGUGACGUUAAAAAUCCAUUUCUCUUUGAAAUUUCAUGGGAGGUUGCGAAUAAAGUUGGAGGAAUUUAUACCGUUAUAAGGUCAAAAGCUCCCGUAACAGUUCAUGAAUUUGGUGACAGAUAUUGUUUGAUAGGCCCAUUGAAUUAUGCAACUGCAGCUGCAGAAGUAGAACCGGAAGAGGUCACAAAUUGGAGUAUGAAAGAAAUCCUUGACGGAAUGUCCUCUCAAGGAAUCAAAUGGAUGUACGGCCGGUGGUUAAUUGAGGGAGCUCCUCGCGUCCUGUUAUUGGAUACCAAUUCGAUUAUCGAUAGAUUGGAUUCGUGGAAAACUGAUUUAUGGAAUUUUGCCGGGAUUCCUUCGCCGCCAAAUGAUACUGAAACCAAUGAUGCUGUCCUUUUCGGUUACCUUGUUGCUUGGUUUUUGGGUGAUUUCGUCUCCCGAGAAAGGAAUAAGGCCGUUAUAGCCCAUUUUCAUGAAUGGUUAUCCAGUGUGGCAAUUCCUUUGAUGAGAAAACGACGUACAGACCUAACAACAAUUUUUACUACUCAUGCUACUUUACUUGGUCGUUAUCUAUGUGCCGGUUCCGUGGAUUUUUAUAACAAUAUUGAUAAAUUCUCCGUUGACGAAGAGGCUGGAAAGCGCGGAAUAUAUCAUCGUUAUUGCGUAGAACGUGCUGCAGCCCAUUGUUGUGAUGUUUUUACAACUGUAAGUCAAAUCACUGCCUAUGAAGCUGAACAUUUAUUAAAACGGAAACCAGACGGGGUUCUUCCAAACGGUUUGAACGUGAUGAGAUUUUCCGCCAUGCACGAGUUCCAAAAUUUGCAUGCCAGGAACAAAGAGAAGAUCCACAAAUUUGUGAGAGGUCAUUUCUACGGUCACUAUGAUUUUGAUCUGGAUAACACACUGUAUUUCUUUACGGCCGGCCGUUAUGAAUAUAGGAAUAAGGGUGUAGAUAUGUUUAUAGAGUCUUUAGCGCGUCUCAACAGUCGUCUAAAACAAAGCAACUCUCCAAUGACCGUUGUUGCUUUUAUUAUUAUGCCUGCUACCACCCAGUCGUUUGCCAUUGAAGCUUUAAAAGGACAAGCCGUAACGAAACAACUUGAAGAGACAGUUAAAGACAUCACUGAUAGAAUUGGUCAACGUAUCUUUGAGAAAGCAGCGAGAUAUGCAGGCGGUAACAUUCAACAAGCUGUUAUGGAUCCAAAGGAGUUACUUACUAAUGAAGAAAUGGUAUUGCUGAAACGUCGUGUGAUUGCACUUAAGCGAGGCACACUUCCACCAAUAGUUACUCAUAACGUCGUUGACGAUGCUACAGAUCCUAUUUUGACGCAAAUACGACGGAUACAAUUGUUUAAUGAUCCUACAGAUCGGGUGAAAGUUAUCUUCCAUCCUGAAUUCUUGUCUUCAAACAAUCCAUUAAUUGGCCUGGACUAUGAAGACUUUGUUCGUGCUUGUCAUCUUGGAGUGUUCCCGAGUUAUUAUGAACCGUGGGGAUAUACUCCGGCUGAAUGUACAUUAAUGGGAGUACCUUCUGUUACCACAAAUCUUUCAGGAUUUGGAUGUUACAUGGACGAAACGAUCGAAAACCCUUCCGAUUAUGGUAUAUACAUUGUAGAUCGUCGGAUGAAGAGCGUUGAGGAAUCAGUACAGCAAUUGACAAACUAUAUGUUGGAAUUCUGUCAGAAAACUCGACGCCAAAGAAUUAAUCAACGAAAUCGAACUGAGAGAUUGUCGGAUCUAUUGGACUGGAAGAUAUUGGGGAUGGAAUAUGUGAGAGCAAGGAAACUAGCACUACAUCGAGCAUACCCUGAUUCAUUCGUUGAUGAUUUAGAUGAUGGUUUUGAUCAUUAUAGACCUAAGAUUCAGCGGCCACCUUCAGCACUUGGAUCACCAAGAAUUAGGGGAAGCAGCUUCUCUGUGGAUGAUUUGACUGAACAAAUAGAAGAUCUAGGAAUUAAAAUGCAAAAUCAAGGCGAAGAAGAGGAAGAUGAAUAUCCGUUUCCUCGAAUUGUUAGAAGACGUAGUAGAGAUUCCAUCCGAGAUUUAUUUAGUAACAAUGAAUUAAAUAAUACUACCGGAAAAUAA